AUGUCCGCGAAUACGUAUUAUAUAUUGGUGACGCCUGUUGAAAUUGGCCCUGACGGGGGCCAUUUAUCAAAGAGCCGGCGCAAGAGAUCAGCGCCUUCCGGGUCCCUGCACUACAAACUCUCUCUCCCGGGGCAAGAAUUGAUCCUGGAUUUGAGCCGUUCCAGUCUGCUGGCGAGAGGUUUCACGGUGUACACCCUGGGUCUGGAUGGGGUCACAGAGAGACCCGUGUCCGCCUCCCAAGCCAACUGCUUCUACCAGGGCUCCGUCAGAGACCAGAGAACUUCUUCGGUGGCAGUGUCCACGUGUGAGGGCUUGUCAGGUUUAAUACGGAGCCAAGAAAAUGAAUACCUUAUAACUCCAUUACCUCAUCACCUGGCACCGAGACACAACUACACCUCAGCUCCUGGGCACCGACCUCAUGCCCUCUACAAGCGAUCACUGGAUCAGAGACUACAGCAGCACCUGGUGGGUAGAAAACCUGAUCACCAGCAUCACAAUCUCCAUUCUCCCAGUAACCAACAGCACAAGUACCAGCGGCACCAGGGAGAGCAAAAGCAGCACUACUGUGGGCGGCGAAAGAAAUACAUGCCUCGUCCUCCAGCAGAGGGUACCCACAUCCUGCCCGACGAAUACAGUCCCAGGGGCAGGUUAAAGCGUACCGCCCUGAAUUUGCGAAAGAACCAGGGGCUGACUGUUGAGACUCUGGUGGUGGCGGACAAAAAGAUGCUGGAGAAACACGGCCAAGAGAAUAUCACUACCUACAUCCUGACUGUCAUGAACAUGGUGUCCAGUCUUUUCAAAGAUGGGACGAUCGGAAGUGACAUAAGGAUUAUGGUUGUGAGCCUGUUGCUCUUGGAACAGGAUCCACCUGGGUUAGUGAUCAGCCAUCACGCAGACCAAUCGCUGAACAGCUUCUGCCAGUGGCAGUCGAGGUUGAUGGGGAAGGACGGCAAACGGCACGACCACGCCGUGCUGCUCACCGGCUUGGACAUCUGCUCCUGGAAGAACGAGCCCUGUGACACCUUGGGCUUUGCUCCUAUCAGUGGGAUGUGUAGCAAGUAUCGCAGCUGCACCAUCAACGAGGACACAGGAUUGGGCCUAGCUUUUACCAUUGCUCAUGAAUCUGGGCACAACUUCGGCAUGAUUCACGAUGGGGAAGGGAAUCCAUGUCGGAAAACCGAAGGGAAUAUCAUGUCACCGACCCUGGCCGGAAACAAUGGGAUCUUCUCGUGGUCUGUGUGCAGUAGGCAGUAUCUCAACAGAUUCCUCAGUACAGCUCAGGCUUCUUGCCUGGUCGAUGAACCAAAGCAACAACACGAGUACCAGUACCCAACCCUGUUGCCAGGGCAGCUGUACGAUGCCGACACGCAGUGCAAGUGGCAGUUUGGAUCAAAGGCCAAGUUGUGCUCCCUCGACUUUGUGAAGGAUAUUUGCAAAGCACUUUGGUGUCACAGGAGUGGCCACAGAUGUGAGACAAAGUUCAUGCCAGCUGCAGAGGGUACAAUGUGUGGACCUAACAAGUGGUGUCGGCGAGGUCAAUGCCUGAAAUUUGGCGACAACGGGCCCAAGCCCAUUAAUGGUCAGUGGUCCAGCUGGUCGGAGUGGUCAGAGUGCUCCCGGACCUGUGGCGGUGGAGUAUCCUACAGGGAGAGACAUUGCAACAAUCCAAAGCCUCAGUACGGUGGCAAGUUCUGCCUUGGCUCCACCAGGACCUACCAGAUGUGCAACAUCCAAGCUUGCCAAGGCAACAACGUUGUGUUUCGAGCUCAGCAAUGCGCCGAGUACAACAGCAAGCCCUUCAGGGGCUGGUACUACAAGUGGAAGCCUACAAAGGUCGAUGAUGAAGAUGUUUGCAAGUUGUACUGCAUUGCCGAAGAUUUUGACUUCUUCUUUGCUAUGUCCAACAAAGUGAAGGACGGGACCCGUUGUGUCGAGAACAGAUUUGAUGUCUGCAUUGAUGGCAUUUGUGAGGCAGUGGGAUGUGACCGUGUUCUGGGGUCAAAGGCUGCCAUGGAUGCUUGUGGAGUGUGCAAUGGAGAUAAUUCAACUUGCAAAUUCUUUCAAGGACAGUAUCUUCAGCAGCACCGGGCAAACGAGUACUAUGCUGCUGUCACUGUCCCAGCCGGGGCACGCAACAUUCACGUGCGUGAGCUGGAGAUCUCCACCAGUUACCUGGCCGUGCGCGAUCUGACGGGUAAAUACCACCUGACCGGAGAUUGGACCGUUGACUGGCCAGGGAAGUUCGUCUUCGGCGGAGCUGAGUUUGACUACCAACGUUCGUUUAACAAACCAGAGAGCUUGUACUCGGCCGGACCGACUAAUGAGUCACUCGCCUUUGAAAUCCUGUUACAAGGCAAGAAUCCAGGUAUUGCCUGGGAGUACACGUUACCAAAGGCUGCUAAUGAAAGCAAGGCUACUGUGCCGAGACACAACUACACCUGGGUGGUCGUGAGAUCAGGUUGCUCCGCAUCAUGUGCUGGAGGAAAAAUGAUGACCACCGCCUAUUGUCUGCAGGACCACCUCAUUCAAGUCAACACCACCUUGUGCCUUGCACAUACAAGACCUGCAACAGGAACGACUACCUGCAACACUCAGCCAUGCCCUGCAAGCUGGUCCACGGGCAAGUGGGCUGAGUGCAGCAGGUCCUGUGGAGGAGGGGAGCAGACCCGCCAGAUUCAGUGUUUCCGCAAGGUGGCCUUCCAACGCGACCAGGCUGUGCCGCACUCCAUGUGCCCCAUGAUGACACCCUCCCAAGUACAGCCCUGCAACAUCCAUGACUGCCCUCCAGAGUGGAGCACUGGAGCGUGGACCCAGUGUUCCAAAACCUGCGGCCGGGGCAUGCGAAAGCGCAACGUCUACUGUAGAAGCACAAACCCUACGUCCAAGCCGCACACCAUACUGGACAGCCUGUGUAACCAGGAAACAAAGCCAAAGAACCAGGAGAUCUGUGUGCUGCGGAGGUGCCCAAAGAACGACCGAUUGAGGUGGAUCACAUCAGCCUGGAUGGAGUGCUCGGUGUCCUGUGGUCCCGGCUUACAAAAACGGGAGCUGAAGUGCAGCGAGAAAAGUCUGUCGGGGAAGUACGUGCCCUUCCCUCAGAGGAGAUGUCGACACCUGCCCAAAGCGAAAGUCGAUCUUGAGCGAGCUUGUAAUCUGGGCGCCUGCCCCAACCCCUCCAUGAACCAAAUCCUCAACAAUGCCGCACCAGCGUGGUACGCAUCACCAUGGCAACAGUGUACAGUAACGUGCGGGGGAGGAGUCCAAAUCCGUACCAUGCAUUGCCUGCGACAGGGGAGGCCCUCAGUGGGAUGCCUCGUACACCAGAAACCAGCGGUGUCGAGAGCUUGUAAUACGAUCUUCUGUCCGUCACCCAGGAAAGAUCUCAACUGUGUUGACUACUUUAGUUGGUGUCACCUGGUCCCACAACAUGGUGUCUGCGGCCAUAAGUUCUACGGCAAGCAAUGCUGCAAUUCCUGCAGCAAAACCAACCGGUAGCGAUCAGCGUUUUAGCCGCCGUGCUCAUCUUGACCUUCUCUCUUAACCCCCUUUCCCCAGAGCUCUCCCCAAAUAGGUUAUUUAUUGGCCGCUGUCAAGAAAGAUUGACCGCGUCCAACAAAGGGGCGGACUCCUAACUCAGCGCCCCCUGUAGUCCUUCAUCAAGGUGGUUUAGGGGCUGAUUUGGACAAGGGUCAGUGGGUCUUUUUUCACCCCCUACAAUGAUUGAUGGACCUUUGGCAUCCAGCAGAACUUGAAGGACUAAUGACGAAGACGAGAUGAUCAGUUGGUGCUACACAAACUUUGAAACUUUAAAGUAUUUGCCAGCCAGUCCAGCUCUUGUUGAUGGAAUUUUAUCCAUCUGGACAAAUGGAACACUCAUCAGCAUGGAGAAUUAGACGAUUACCUAGGUAUAUAAAAUAUAUAUAUAUAUAAAAUGUGCAUUUUUUGUAAGAGGUAUUAACAGUUUGUGUGGUCUGCAAUUGAUUGUUUUCAUAUGUGUGCACGUGUGUGUUGUUUGUGUGUGUGCAUGAGUGUGUGAGAAUACUAUAUAUGAAAAGAGCCUGUGGACUGCAAUUGCUUUACAAGAGAGCAAGGGCAAUGCACUUACCGAAGGAAGGAGAAUGACUGCCUUCAUUAGAAUGUCAAGCACGGCAUUAAGACUUUGUGGUGCUAACUUCCAGCCAGACAGGCUGUCACAAACUGAGCUACAGACUUCAACUUUAACGUAGGAACAAUCUAAGCUUCAUCCACCAAAUAGUCUGUUCAUUUAUAUAUAUAUAUGUAUGUUGAUGAGAGAAAGGCAUGUAUUUUAAGGGAAAUAACUGUCAGAGGGAUCCAGCGAUCCUGGGAGAAGAGAAGAAAUUAAACUGUCCUGUGUGUUUGCUAAUUCAUGGAUUGUCCCGUGAUAGCUGGUGAGCAUUUGAGACUGGCAACUGCAACAUCAUGAGGUGGGGAAUCACACAGUGCGGAAGGAGGCCAUUCAACUGUGAUGGAUCUCUGAAAGGACUUAUUUCAGACCUGGCUGGUGUGCCCUCUACAUAAUCUAGGGAAAAGCCAGGCUGUGGGAGACUCUAAUGUUUCAUCAGAUGAAGUCUUCACAACAUCACCCCCUAUUGACCCAACCUUCCUCCCGCCACAACCCUUACGGGGAAAAUAAGCGGAACCAGCACACAGAUGUAAUGUUGUUUGAAACCAUUUGCCUCGCCCCUCCUGGAUUACAGAAGGGUGUCCUCCAGUACAACAACCAGGGAUAUCCACUGGCACCAUGUUCUGCGAUGGCUAAUCGGGGUCACGUUUGGCAAAGACGCUUGUAAGUGCGAAAUGCACAAUGUAGUAAUGCGUGCACAUUGGAUUUGCUUCCAUUAGAAUUCAGCAAUACAGAGGGCAAAUUUCCACCUGUUUGGCCAUGAGACAGUUUUAUUGGGCUGCACCAAUUUUUCCACUACGAUGAAGACUUCAAAACGUUCACAUACAAAUUUAUUCAUCAGAACACCAACCAAUACCUUCAUUUUGCCUCAUUUUUAUUGCACACAGAAUCCUCUGCAGGAUUGUCAACACUGUUUGAAUACUUUUUUGUAAACACAGGUUCCAUCACAUGACCCAGUCCCUCCCACUGGCCCGUCCACCCCUCCAAGAUGUAUAUAAUUAGCUGCCAAUCUCCUCUGUUCAUCAAGGCAAGCUGCCUCUAUUCAACCAAUUGGGAAGCAAAUAGAUCAUUUGUUACCUGAUUGGCUAUUUAUCCCAUCUCCUUAAGGACAAAAAUGUUGAAAAAAAAAGCACACUCUCGCUAAAUGCAUUCCAUGAUUUGCUUGUAGACGUUUGUUCAUGAUUAAUAUGAAACUGCUGGAGACUCCUAGAUGGUUUUUAAAUAACUAAUCUGUUGAACUACACACCAAAGGACCAGUGGAUGGUUUUCCUCUUGUGAAACAGGUCAGUGCCUGCACAGAUAAUCUCAUUUUGUGCUUUAACCAGUUUUCAGGAAAGUUAUGCUCUGUGUCAGCUACUUUUUAGGCAGUGUUAGAUAUUGAUACCAAACUACAGAGCACUCUAAACCAUUGUGGAAGGAGAGACAUAAAUACAUUCAUUUAAAUGUGUCAACACCCUCUGUUCCUUUCUUACUUAUACCUGGAGUUAUAGAGUAAUACAUCACGGAAACAGGUCCUUUGGGCCAACUCAUCCAUGCCAACCAAGAUGCCCAUCUAAGCUAGUCCCAUUUGCCCACGUUUGGUCCACGUCCCUCUAAAUCUUUCCAUGUACCAGUACAAAAUGUUGUCACUGUACCUGCCUCAACCACUCCCUCUGGCAGCUCGUUCCAUAUACACACCACCCUCUGCAUGAUGAAUUUGCCCCUCGGGUCCCUUUUAAAUCUUUCCCUCCUUGCCUUAAACCUAUGCCCUCUAGUCUUUGAUUCCCUUUCCCUGGGAAAACAACUGUGUGCAUUUUGUUCCAUCUGUGCCCCUCAUGAAAUUAUGCACCUCUAUAAAGGUCACCCUUCAGCCUCUGACACUCCAAGGAAUGAAGUUCUAACCUGCCCAACCUCUCCCUAUAACUCAGGCUCUUGAGUCCUGGCAACAUUCUCAUAAAUCUUUUCUGUACUCUUUCCAGCUUAAUGAUGUCCUUUCCUAUAACAGGGCGACCAGAACUGUGCACAAUACCUGUGUAGGUUUUUUAAAAAUCCAUGAAUGCUAUUUGAUUCAACUUCUCACUACGAUACUGAGCUCUGCCUUCUCUCUGUUCUCUGGGUAAAAACGUUCCUCCUGAAUUCCGUUUUGGAUUUGUCAGCAACUGUCUUACAAACCUCUGCCAUUCAGUAAGGAUAUCGCUGCUCUGAUCUUGGCUUCGCUCCACUUUCCUACCAAUUCCCCUUAAUAUUCAAUUCCCCCAUAAUCCUAAAAUCUAUCUCAAUCUUAAAUAUAUUUCAAUGUUUCUUACAUAUUUUGGAGGCUUCUGGUGCUACCUACAAGUGAAGCCAUCUCUAGGUCCACUAUGGUCACACCUAUUAGAAUUUUGAACUUCACCCAUCAGUCUUCUGAAGAUAGGUAGACCAUCUAUUUCUCCACAAGUCAUGAAGAGGUUGGUUGUUGGAUGACGUUCCAGUAUUGUUAUUGAACACAAAAUUAGGAGCCCCGGGGUUGACAAUGACUGUUAUAUGGUUGGACCUAGACAUAGUGAACCUCCAGUUGUCAAAUGUUGUGUUGAAUCGCAAUUGAUUACACCUCCCCAGUACACUCCACCCAAGAAAUGUUGGAAUAAGUACAAGGAGUAUGAAUAGGGUGGAUGGUGGGUUUGAGGGGAAAUGAGCCGAGCUCGACAUUCAUGUCGGUCAGUAGGUCCAUUGGCUACUGGUGGUGAGUGGCAGGCGAAUCAGGGUGGAGUUUCUGGGCACGUGAGGGAGAAGUGUUUGCAGGGAAGUACGUGGAGGAAUGAGAUAAUAGGAAUUCCCUA